CCUGCGCAGUUGUACAGUCACUUCCCGGAAGUGACGAAGCGAAAGUAAAUCCCUUCAGAAAGUUAACUCAGCUGCGGCUUCUAAGUUGUGUGAAUCGUUUAACCUGAACAGCUUCACUCCCUGGACCCGGAUGGAUGAGACCUGAGGGAAAAGAAGAGGAGGCCACCGACCCAUCGGUCCCAGUCCCGCUGCGUCGGUCCAUCAUGGCUCCGAUGGUUCUGUUGCGGCUCUCACCAGCAGAACUCUAACCCGAACCAUUCAGACAGUCCAGCAUGUACGGACCUUCAGCCAUGGAACCAGAACCAGAACCGGACCUGACCAUUGUCCUGCUGGGGAACUCUGGUGUGGGGAAGAGCGCGUCGGGGAACACCAUCCUAGGCCGCGCGGCGUUCAUGUCCCGGGCGUCCUUCAGUCCCAGCAGCAUCCCUGUCAGACAGGAAGUGGGUCGGGUCUUCGGGACGCGGGUCCGGGUCGUGGACACGGCCGGGAUCCUGGAGUUCGAGGAACAGAUCCGGUUCUGCUGCCAGGAAGUUCAGCGGACCAGCCGGGCCCACCUGUUCCUGCUGGUUCUGAAGCUGGACCGCUUCACCCAGGAGCAGAACCGGGCGGUUGAGGCAUCCCUCAGGGCAGUCGGGGGGGAAGGCUUCGACCGCUGCUUCCUGCUCUUCACCCAUGGAGACGCCCUGAAGGACGCCUCGUUAAGGGAGGCCGCCUCGUUAAGGGAGGCCGCCUCGUUAAGAGACGCCGCCCUGAGGGAUUUUGUGUUCAGGGACGAGCAGAGCUCGCUACCGGAGGUGGCUCGUAGGUUCUAUGGGCGGAUGCACCUGUUCAACAAUGAGGACGGUGGAGGACAGCAGGUCCAGGAGCUACUGGACAAGGCUGGACACCUGUUGCUACCUUCAGAAACUUCCAGUGACGGGACAGACCGGGUCACAGGUUCUGAUGGUCCAGACGGUUCUGAUGGUUUUGCUGGUUCCGCCCUGCUGAGGGACAGGAGGAUCGUCCUGAUCGGACCAGCUGGUUCUGGAAAGAGUUCUGCUGGGAACACUCUGCUCGGGUUCCGGCGCUUUGAACCAGACUCGGAUUUUGCCGGAGUGCGGUCAGACCCGGAGCGCUGCUCUGCUGAGGUGGGCCGGGUCCAGCUCACUGUGGUGGACUCGGCUGGACUGUCGGAGGAGGUUCUGACCCUAAACCGGCUGGUUAUGGAACUCCGGACCUGGAUGUACCUGGCGGAACCGGGACCUCACGUACUGGUUCUGGUGCUGAAGAUCGGCCGGCUGAGCUACGGUUCCACCCAACUGCUGCGCCUGCUGACCCGGCUCCUGGACCAGAACCAGAAUCUGGCCCGGCAUGCUGCAGUUCUGUUCACCCACGGAGACGCCCUGGGGGGCCGGAACCUGACUGACCGGGUCCAGGCCAGCAGCUGCGUGUCGGACCUGCUGACCCGCUGCGGCGGCAGGCACGCGGUUCUGGAUAACACUCAGAACCAGGAUCAGGUCCAGGUGGACCGGUUCCUACGCCUGCUGGACCAGAUGGUCCAAGAGAACUCGGGACGGUUCUUGAGCCCAGCUGACUGGAACCGGCCACCAGGUCCGGGUCAAACGUUCUGGAGCAGACUGAGAGGAUCGGGUCUGCUCAGGGUUCUGUCUGCAGUCGGGUUGGUCCAGAUUUUGCUGGUCAAUAACCAGAACUAUCGGUUCUGCUGCUGACCCAGAGACACGGGGCCAGACCCGGUCCUGGUUCUAUUCCUGGCUCCAUUUCUGAAUAUAUCUGGAGCAUUCUCUGUUUCAGAACAGUCCUGUCGAACCGGACCGGGUCUGUCCAGGUUCUGCUGCUGAGCCAGAGACAACGGUUUUCAUUUUUCUGCAGAACAAAAUAUUUCUGUUUUUU